AGUGUAAGUGUAAGAGUUAAAAUGGCAGAGGCUAAAUUUUUAGGACUCAGUUGUCCAAUCUGUCUGGAUUUAUUUAAGGAUCCAGUAGCAAUUUCAUGUGGACACAGUUUCUGUAUGGAGUGUAUUAAUGGAUGCUGGGAUCAGGAGGAUCAGAAACGAAUCUAUAGCUGUCCUCAGUGUAGACAAACCUUCACUCCAAGACCUGUUGUGAGUAAAAACACUGUUCUGGCUGAAAUAAUGGAAACCCUGAAGAAGACAAGACUACGAGCUACACCUCCUGCUCAGUGUUCUGCUGGACCUGAAGAUGUGGAGUGUGAUUCCUGCAUUGAGAGAAAACACAAAGCCAUCAAGUCCUGUCUGGUGUGUCUGGCCUCUUUCUGUGAAACUCACCUCCAGCCUCACUAUAAAUCUCCUGCCUUCAAGAGGCACAAGCUGGUGGAAGCCUCCAGACGACUCCAGGAGCAGAUCUGCUCUCAGCAUGACAAACUGCUGGAGGUUUACUGUCGUACUGACCGGAAGUGUAUCUGCAUGUUGUGUAUGUUAGAUGAACAUAAAGGACACGCUACAGUAUCAGCUGCAGCAGGACGAACUGAGAAACAGACAGAGUUGUUAUAUGUACAGCGACAAUGGCAGGAGAAAAUCCAGGAGAGAGAGAAGGAGCUUCAGAAUCUAACACAAGCUUUGGAGUCGAACAAGCAAUCAGCACAGACAGCAGAUAAGGAAACUGAGAGGAUCUUUACUGAGCUGAUCAAAUUCAUUAAGAGCAAACGCAGUGAGGUAACACUGCUGAUCAGAGCUCAGGAGAAAGAUGCAGUAACUCGUACUGAAGAGGUCAUAAUGCAGCUGGAGCAGCAGCUUGCAGAGUUGAGGAUGAAAAAUGCUGAACUCGAUGAGCUUUCACACAGAGAAGAUACCAUUCAUUAUCUCCAGAGUUUUCAGUCUAUUGUGACGCCACCUGGAUAUUCAGAAUUACCUACCAUUAAGGUUGAUUCUUUCUACCCUUUCCAAGAUGUAGUAUCUCUGUUUCAAGAGCAGUUUGAGAAGAUAUUAAAUGAUGUGUCAAUGGUCCUGAUCUUGCCACCACAAAGCAAAGCGGAAUGUCUGCAAUAUUCCCAUCAGCUCACAUUGGAUCCCAACACAGCACAUCAACGCCUCCAACUGUCUGAUUCGAAUAGGACGGCAACUGACCGAGAUGUCAAGUCACAGAAUGAUGAGUACAACUAUAGUUAUGGUUAUAAACAAAGAAAUGAUCCAAAGAAGGAUGAAAAUCCAGAGAGCUUUAAAGAUCACUCCCAGGUGUUGUGUAUGGAGAGUGUGAGUGAACCCUGUUACUGGGAAGUGGAGUGGAGUGGUAAUAAGGGGGUUUCUAUUGCAGUGUCAUAUAAAGACAUCAGCAGGAAGGGAAGUGGUUAUGAUUGUAUAUUUGGGCGCAAUAAUAAGUCCUGGAAUUUGCAGUGCUCCUCUUCUAGUUUUUUAUUCUCACACAACAAUAAACCAACAAAGAUCUCCAUAGAGCCCACCCCCUCUAGAAUAGGUGUCUUUGUGAAUCCAAAGGCAGGCAGUCUGUAUUUCUACAGCGUCUCUGACACGAUAAAGCUCCUACACAGAGUUCACACCAAAUUCACUCAGCCUCUUUACCCUGGGUUUGGGCUAAAUAAUUACUCAACUGUAAAACUUUGUUGUUUAAAAUAGAUACUUUUGGAGGAUUAACUCUG